AUGGCACGCCGCCGAAAGAUGUCAUCGACUUCUCCUCAAGUGGAUCAUCGGAUCUUUUCCAUCUAUUCCUUAACCAUUUCAUUCGUCUACAUGCUCCGUAUCGCUUUUGAACUGGUCGCACAGAAAACUCAGGAGAAUGAUAUUCAGUGGCAAGAGAAUAGUAGAAAAUUCCCUUUUCAGCGAAUCUCGUUAAUUUCAAUUUCCUGGACCAUUUGGAUGUUCAUCAACACCAUUUUCGCAUUAUUUGUGGUUAACUCGGAUAUCAUUCAGCUUGUCAUUAAGCGAAUCCAAACUCACAUUGUGUUCAGUGCUGUGGAUGUUGUCAAAUUCAUCCUAGACAUCAUUCAUUUCUUCAAUAUUCCGAUUUCGCUCUACUUCAUUUGCGUCUUUCUGGUCUCCUCGAAAACCCAUAAACGCCGCCGGACCACCUCCCGCAAGAAUAAGGCUGUUCCUGCUGACAAGAACAUCAUCAAGAAGCAAUUCGAGGUGUCCAAUGUGUUCGUCGGAGAUGAGAUGGUCUAUUAUGUCUGA